AUGCAAAACAACAACGAGCAAAAAACUCAUCUCUCGAAGAAGGAGAAAGAGCGACUUCUCGAACAAGCCUUCAUGACGGACCCUUACCCAACAAAAUUGGAAAGGCAAGAACUCGCUUAUGAACUCGACUCUCCGUUGUUCCUCGUCAGCAGAUGGUUCUGCGCUCGGAGAACCCGAUACAAGAAGGAGAUCGAAGCAUUCCCACAGAAAGUAAGCAGCAUCCAUCAUCUUUCCGCCACUCGUGGUCAUAUGAAGAAAACGAAGGAAGGAACAAUCAACAACAAGGACGAAAUGGAGAAACGAUUUCGCUACAUCAUCUCGUUCAGAGAGACGAUCAAUGCCGGUGUCGAUGAUGCCAAAAUGGCGAACAACAAACGCGCCGAUGAAUGCAAUCAAUCAGAAGAGGUGGCAAUCAUUUUCGCUGACGAAACCUGCUGA